CCAACGAGGCAGCCAAGUCGCCAAGUAAUUUUGCAACAGCGACGUCUGCACAAGAGCAUGAGCUCCGCGGAGUUGGCCGUUGUUCGUGGGUCCGUUCGCACCCUUCUGGGGCACGCAAGCUCUAGGUUCGAUGAUGUUGACCUGUGGAGGCUAAAGGAGGCUGGCUACGAAACGCUUGAGGACCUACAAAUCGCAACCUUGCCUGGACUUCGCGCCGCUAAGCUAAAGCCUGCACGCGUCGAUCAAAUUCUCAGCGCGAAAGAGGCUGCUGCUGGUGAGGACGUCCAAGGCUUUAGGGUGGGGAUCGGCACCCGGUUUGUUAGGAAACGGCAGCAGAGUGGGGCCAUCUUGUGCUGACCCGAAGCUGUACAACAACAUAACCGUGUUCGUGCCUGAUGGUCCCUCAUUGGACUACGUGAAACGGUACUACCGGAAGCUCACCAAAAAGCAGUUCACUGCGAAGAUGGGGAGCUACGCCUGCCGCCAAGUGGUGCCGGUGGACGAGAAGCCGUCGCAGCUCCUGGCGCUGGCGGACUGCGCCGACACGGCGGUGGACACUGAGGAUGUGCAGCUGCAGGACGGCAUGCAGCUGGCCAUGGUGGUUGGUGCAGAGGGUGCAAGCAAGAAGAUAGAGAAGUCGGUGGAGACGCUUCAGGGCUUGAUGAAGCGCCGCAUUGGCGCGCAUGAGUACGAGAGUGCCGAAUGGGCCCUGGCCUACCUCGCCCGCGAUCAGGGUGCCAAGCGAUGGUGCUUCAAGAAGAUCUCUUGCCUCGUUGGCAUCACCACGACGGAAAUCGAUAUUGACGGCAUGGCCUUCUCCAAUGAGCGGGUGGUGCUGGUGGAGCGCAAGCCGCGCAUUGAGCUGAUGCACGUGUCCGACCUGCGCGCCAAGGUGGACAAGCUUAUACUGCUGGUGGAGGCCGGCGCGCCCAACACCGCCAUGCUGCGCAACCCCGUCACGGGCCGGAUCAAGCCCCUGAAGGUUUUCCUGAUGGCGGACAGCUGGGCGGACGACCCGGGCGAGGUGGCGGCCUCCGCAAUGGUCAUGGAGGAGUACGGCAUCGCGCCGCUGCUGCCCAUUGGCAACGGCGCCUACGCGGAGCACGACAGCUGCGACCGGUGGCCGGUCAACGACAGCACGCGGCGGCGCGGGAAGGAAUACCUCGCCGCCCGGAUGGGUUGCGGGGCCCAGCGGCCCAGCAGCGGUGCGGGAGUGGAUGCCAGCACGGGCAGCGGGGCCGGCGGCGGGGCGUUGGGGCCCAACAGCGCGGUGGGGGGCCAGCGCCACGCCAGCAGCCAGCAGCAGGCGGCCUGCAGCCCGGCGCAUCCGACGCACCGCCUGCGCGCGCACGACACGUUCCGUGCCACCGGCAGUGGUUGUGGGCUGCGGCGCAGCGUCGUGCCGGUCUGCCGGCCCCUGCACCAGCACCUCUCCAGCAGCAUGCCCAGCCUGCUGCGCAGGCUGUAGCUGCAGCGCGCCGGCUGUUGCAUUAUCUAUCGCCAUCCACCAUCAACAGCCAAAUCGCUCAUGCCACCCCUGACCGUCAGCAGUCUUGCCCGGCUGUCGCCGCCACCGCCUCUUGCUUGCCGCGGCGGCGCUUGGCGGCGAAGGGUGUCGGCCUGACGGUGGUGGCGGCGGCGGCGGCGGCUGCCGCUGCUGCAGAGGGGCAGGUGGUCGCUGCUGGGCCUGACGGUGGAGGCGGGGGUGGCGGCGGCGGCCGUGCGUGUGGUGGGGGGCUUCCAUCGCCGCCUCCACUGCCGGCAGAAUUGCUGCAGCUGGAUGUGGCGUUCAUCCACAAGCUGCCAUACGGGUGGCGGCGCCGGCCGGAGGAGUUCGGCGGCCCACCGCCGGAGGCGGAGGAGGAAGACGGCGGCGAGCAGCAGCAGCAGCAGCAAGGUAGAUAGGAGGAGCAGGAGGGCCAGCAGCCGCAGGAGGAGGACGCCACUUAGGACGUGGGCUGAUAGAUGGGCGUUCGUCCACUGCUGACUGCUGGUUGCUGGUUGCAGGCGUGUGUGUGGCCCAUGGCGCGUUGUGUCUGUUUCGCGUGUCGAGUUGUCUUGACUGACUGGCUGACGGGUGGUAGGGUGUGGCGGGGAGAGGACAUGGGCUAUCUGCCGUUGGCGGGUUGAAGUGCCUUGUCCUGCCAGGGGCUGCCGUGGUCAUGUCGUGUCCGCCUACUUGGCGGCCGGGCGUGUUUCAUGCUCCGCCCUUGGGGUCGUACGGGAGAUGAUAAAAGCCCCUGAAGCGUACUGAUGGGCUGCUAAAGCAGAGACGAGAGAGAGGAGAGACUCGACAGUGCGCAAUGCGUAUUAAAGGGCGGCUUUGACCGCAGGUAGGCCGCUCCGGACGGCGCGAGAGCCUUAUGCGGUCUUAAGUAGCGUGUGGGGCUGCACAGCUGCAGCGUGGUGUGGUGGGACAUACACAGCCGUUUCUGGAGCUCAAUGUUUAGCAGCGCGCGCGCGCCUUGAUCUCGCCGUAGAGUCAAAGACGGUGGGAACCCCUACUGGCCCAUGGGGAAGUCAAGCCAGGGGGGGGGUAGAAAGCUCAGAUUCUUACCCCAUGCUCAAAAUUACAGAGCUUUAGGAGAGCAUUAUGCACGUACUUUUAGUUUUUUAAGGGGGUGUCUGGUGAGGAAGUUCUGGGCCGCUAAAGUUGGGGGGUCGGUCCUCGUCCCUGGGGGUCCGUCGGGUUUCGGGAGCUCAUCCUGGCGGAUUUCGGGAAGCGCCCCACAAGCAGAACUAGGGGCCAAACGCAGCAGUACGAGGCUCAUAUGUGCACGUUAUGACGUAAUAAGCACAAACAAAGCGUGGGAGGGCUAAGUUGCGCGUCCGGGCGUGGACAUGUCGGCUAGCUUUGCGUUGGAUGUCACGGACUAGCGAUGCCUUAUGAGCCGCGAGCCUUGUGAUGCUGUGUCUGGUGUGGCUGUGACCGGCUUUCUGCCCAGUUCCGACGCGCUUACGCAGCUGUGAUUUGGGUUGGCAGCCGAGGAGGGGGCCGGUUGGCUGCGCUCUUUGGGGCGGUGGUUCCCUGUGCCGAAGACGGUGCUUUCAUUGCACUGUCCCCUUCUUGUAACCCGCAUUCAUA